ACAGUUCAUGGAUUGUAUUUCUAUCGGACAGUUAUCUUCCCACCGUCGAACAAGCAGUCAUUGAACAACGUGUAUAUGGCUUUUAGUGCUUUUUAGAUACCUCUCACGGACAAAGUUGCACCCAGACCCAGAGAUGAACAACAUGAAGCCUCUAAGACUGGUCAUGAUGAAUAUCUUCAUUGUUGCUUGUAUGAACAGUUUGCCUCCUAUAAAUGCCUCAACAGAGGUAGUUAUUGGUGGGUGCCCCCAGUACCCAAAACCAACAUACUUUUGUGUACUGGACACCCCAAAGGAUGAAAAUCUUGUAAAUGAGGGAGACAAUUUAAAUCUUCAGUGGCAAAUGCAUUCUCCUUCGAACUUGAGCGAGACACAAGUCUCUGUCUUCAACGGGAAAGAUACCAUUAUAAGUGGUACACAUGUCACAGCCUACCUGGAAAACGCCAAUAAAUGGAUCGCAAAAUGGAAUUGUACACAGAAUAAUGGCAUAUAUAUAUGUAAUUAUACUGUGACCUUACAUAAUGCAGAACAUACAGAUGAGAUUGCGGCCAACUUAAAGAUCAAUCAUGGAGAAUGUGUAUACAUAUUUGGUGAUUUUCGCAUCAGAGUACCACCUGUGACCCCAACAAGUACAGAAAUGAAUACACCUGUACAAACUGCAAAUGGAUCUGAGUCCUUUGCUACCACCACACCCACAACAGUUUGUCCAAAUCAUCGUGAACCAUCUACAAGUGGACCAUCAAUCUGGGGGAUUAUUGGCUUUGCCAUACUUAGUUGUCUGGUGCUGAGGAAAGAGAUACAAAGAGCCUUAACACAGCUUUCUAGAUACAUUCAUAGCAGGACUGGGACACCCAGAGCUACUUCCGAACGACGGGAACAAGAGGCAUCACCCAUUCCUACUGAAGUCACCUAUGAUGCAUCAACCCAAGCAAUCCGGAUUGAAACCACAGACCCUAUUGAACCACUCGACCGACAACUGACACCAUCCACUAGUGAAGGAAUCAGCCAUUCUGUUCUUCCUCCUAAAGCCCAGACUAAGAUUUUGACCAGAGAACCUACUAAGCCACUCAGCGAACAGGCAACAUCAUCCGCCACUGAAGGAAUCGAUCAACCUGUUCAAGACAUGGAGUCUUCCAGUAUGGAAGUUGAGGGUAUCCUCUCUGACCGCAUGACAUCCGCACUCGGGGAAAGAGAGAAAUACUCUGGAGCUGAUGAGCAACAUAGACUGCUUCAACCAGAGAGUCAAGAUGAUUGUGCAAAUCAUUCUUAAUUCCUUAAUUCCUUAAAGGUCAAGUCCACCCCAGAAAUAUAUUGGUAUGAAUCAAAAGAUAAAAAUUAAACAAGUAUAAUGCUGAAAAUCAGUGAUGUGCAAAUAAGAGAGUUGUUGUUGUCCCUUAUUUACAAUUUUUGGGGUAUUGUUUGAAUUAUGGUAAAGUGUCUGCCUGUCGAACCAAAGAUCAUGGGUUCGAGUCCAUCAUGGGUGGAUGAGUGAAGCCAGUGCAUUGUGUGUAAAUGUCUCUCCCCUGUUUCAUAGAUGCAGGCUAUGUUACAGUAGAAAACACUCUGUCCGUUCGGAUAAGGACAUUAAAUGGAGGACUCGUGAGAGGACAGUCACCACCUUUGCACGUUCACACUGCACUAUUCGAAUAAGAGUAGGGGAAAACCGGUUUAGUGGUCCACCUACAUUCCCCCAACCAGUUAUAUCGGGAGGAGAGACCUGCGGGUCACAGUUCUGUGUGCGCGCCCUUCUAGGUGACCCAGAUUGGCUGGCUCCUCCAAAAAUGCGCCUUUGAAUGUCUUUGACAGAUACAUGGCGCUAUACAAAUGCUGUGCAUCAUCAUUAUAUAAUAUUUCAACGUUUGCAGAUGUACUGACCAGGAUGGGCAUAUAACUGUUUUGUGAAGAAAGCGAAAAUUGAAAAAUGUCCUCAUGACUUAUUUUACAUCUGAUCUUGAUUAAUUUUUAUUGUUAUACUUUUCGGAUUUUUCUCUUUUUUAUGAAAGUCAACUUUUGUUUGGGUGGACAUGUCCUUUAACCCGUUCAACCCGAAAAGCCAGAAUACCAGCUUCAAGUCAUGUGAUUCGAAAAGCAAGGGUAUUAGGUAUCAGGACCUUUAAAAAUGACAUCAUUUUAUAGAUAUUCAGUUGAUACUUAUUGUUUAUAAUUCCGUUGAUGAUUGGCUUUCAUUGACAAGGUUUUAGCUUAUGAAUAAUAAAUGACCCAAAUAUACUACCUUACCUCGGAGGCUUUUGUUAUAAUACAUGGUGAGUAGUAUGGACUAUGCAUAAGCUAUUGCUGAAUUUUACUUCCGUUAAAACAGCAAUUUUAAGACAAAAUUUGAGACUAUGGUUAGUACAGGCAGCUAAACAACAUCAGCCCGGCCAAGCCGGGUACCAGCCGAGAAAGGUGCCACUGACAUGACUGGGCUCGAGUCUUGAGAAUAGGAGAUCAUUCAUUUCAAAUGUAAUGGGUUCCUUUAUUUGUCCAAUAAUCUUGAUAUCAGCAAAUAAUUCAGGAUGAGGGUCACAACUGUCCCAAUUAAUUUAGGGUUCAAAGGAUUAAUACAUCUUUCUCUUCUAGUCAUAUGGGCAUGUUUCUUAUCUUCAAUUUUAAUCCAUUUUCUCUCUCUCUCUCUCUCUCUCUCUCUCUCUCUCUCUCCGGUGAAUGCACUGCUUUUACAAUGUGGUCACCAUGCUUUGCAUCUCCACAAAAGCAUAUAUGAAGAAAUUUGUUAUGAUCAGUUGAUGUAUGGCAUCAGAAUAGACUAAUCGGUAAAUAAUAAGUAUUUCUUUAAAAAAACAUGAAAACAACAAAUUAAAGUUGAAACAUUUAAACAUUAUUACAUGUACUUUUGCUUAUACUAUACUGUGCUUUUCCUUUUGGCCCAAAUCACUUGCAGUAUAGUUUCUUGGAAAUAUAUGAAUAACCAAAGUUAAAGGAUUUGCUAAGGAACGGCUAUCAAAUGCCUUGAAAUUUGAGACUAUUGGAUGUGUACAAACAGGAAUGGAGUACAGCAAUAUAGUCCAACCCCCUAUGUAGUAAUUAUAGAAUGUCUAAUAAUUAGCUAGUCUUUUUAGAUCACAUAGAUUGCAUGUAAAUAAUAGUAGGUUUGACCCCACUUUGUAGAAUGAGGAACAAUGUACUCUAUGUUCAUCUUUGGAUAUAGGGGAAGAAUGCCAAUAUAUUUGUAUGCCCAUUUUAGGAAAAAUUUUCUUGCCAAGAAACUGAUUCACAUCCACACAGUGUGAUAAAUAAUAUUUACUAUCAAUAAAACUUGCCUUCUGAAAAGAAAUGUGCAGGAAAUGUGUAAAAUAAUUAUGCUGCACUUUGCACAUGAAACAAGCAGAAGGUGGUAUAUUUAUGAUUGAUUACAGAAUAAAUAUGUUUCCUUACUCGUAGUAAUUUUCAAAAAAUAUUGGGUAAAUAAAAAUUGCAUUUCACAGUGCAGCUCUCUCCCACAUUCUCCAUGGUUUUGUCAAUGAAGAUAUAGUGUGACAAUGACAUGGCUCUGAAUUUCAGCAAUACAGGUGCCUAAAAAUACAUACUUCCAUUGUGUCUUCCUUAUGAUGAAAAUCUAUUUUCAAAAUUCAUAAGUUACAAUCUAUUGCUGAGAAGAUUAUUUUUAUACAACAAUGUGUAUAUGUGUAGCUUGUUCCACAGUUGCUGAAGUUUUAAAAUCAAUCUAUGUCUCUUUAUCUCUCUUAUCCACUAUCUUAGGUUUUUCUUCUUUCCAAUGAUUCCCCAUUUCUGUAUAACUACUUUAUUUGUUUUUCUUUCCUGCAUAAUUUGCUUUGAAAUGUGCAAAAUGUUAUGGACAUUAAAAUAUUCUUUAACUGUACCUAAAAAUGUGUUUUUGCAAGAUUUUUUUUUUUUUUUUUUACUUUUAUGGUACCAAAUGCAGUAUCUUCUUCUAUACACCCUUAAAAUUCAGGUUUUUACGGGAACAAGGACACAAAUGUAAAAAAAAAAAUUGAAAAUCUAACAUUCAUAUUCUAUGGGACAAAGGUGCACUUACAUGUUUGGAAGCUUCACAAAUUGUUCAUGGGGAUGCUUGGUGUCAGUUUUCCUUUGGAAGAAGUGCAGAAAAAAAAUCAUAAAUGAAAAAGUAACUCCAAGUUACCCCCAAAACAGUUAACAAGGCUUCCAAACACGUUUUGGAUACCAUUAAUUUCAAAGUCUGAUUUUGCCUUUUACAUUUGCGUCCUUGUAAAACCUUUACAAAACACUUGUGGGCCUAGUAAAAAAAAAGCACUUUUAAGUAUCAGUUGGAAAUAGAUGAUGUAUGAUGUCAUUCUAAGUAACAAUCUUGGAUUUUUGGCAUGUCAUGUAAGUCUUAUCAGUUAAAAUCUUGUUCUGUUACAAAAAAUGCCCAUAUAAGUUUUAUAUGUAAUCAAAAUCAAAUACAUGUAGUUUUAAGACUAGAAAAAGGCAGUUUUAUUGAACAGCAAUGCCAGAAGCUUCUAUUAAUUAAAAGAAUACAGAUGCA